AUGCCUGUCCUACGCCCCUUCGCGCAACCAAUCCAAGACAACACCGUUUACACCGUCACAACGUUGUCCGGCGAACAACAGGCUCAUGUGCUGGACCGCCGCGGUGUGCAAGACGCAGAGGAAGUCUAUGUACACUACCUCGGCACGGACAAGCGCCUCGACGAAUGGGUCCCGGCGAAUGUCGUGUCCAUCUCGGCCAACCAACCUGAAUUGGAUCCAUCUACCUCACCAGCCGCCCUUGGGCGCAAGAGGAGGCGCGCGCGAUCCUCGUCCGUAGGCGUGUCGGAGGCACCCGACACGCGCGAAGGCUCGCUCGAACCCGAUGAUGAGGCGGAAAUGAACGGGAAUGGGAGCAUAGUUGACGGCGCCAGCGAUGCGGGCGCGCUCGGCGUGGACGACGGGACCGCCAUGAUGACCGAGGAGGAGUUCGAUCUCCAGCACCACAAGCGGAUGUUCGCGCAACGAAACUUCGAGACCGUCACUUUCUAUGAGUGGCAGAUCAGGACUUGGUACUUCUCUCCCUACCCCAUCUUAGACGAGGCCGACGAUCCUACCGCGCUACCCUCAAGCUCGAAUGGCCAUUUUCCUGCAAGCGCCGCGCACACCAGGGCCUCUUCGCAUCCGCUUUCCCCUACCGGUGUCACGCCGUCAGCGCCUCUCGGUUCGCAUGGGGUCAGCUCUCUCCAGGGUCCCGGACAGCGCGGACAAGGCAUUCCGCGGUCCAGUAUCCGUGCACAUGGCCGCACCUCCGACCUGUGGACGGGGGGACUCAAGAGGGCGCAUACGGCGCCGGAGAAGAGCACAUUAUGGGUGUGCCACCGUUGCUUCAAGUACAUGACGGACGGUCUGAGCUGGGAAAUGCAUAUCAAGAGGUGUACAAUGAAUAAUCCUCCAGGAAGAAAGGUGUAUCAGCGUGGAGCACACAUCAUUUGGGAGGUCGAUGGGCUCAAAGAGAAGUUAUAUUGUCAAAAUCUCUCCCUUUUCGGCAAGCUGUUCAUAGACAUCAAGACCAUAUUCUUCGACAUGGAUAACUUCUUGUUUUACGUCCUGACAGACGCAGAUUCGCAACGGGAUCAUGCACUCGGAUUCUUCUCGAAAGAGAAGGUUUCCUACGACGAUUACAAUCUCGCCUGCAUCGUCAUAUUUCCACCUUACCAGAGGAAACGAUACGGCAUGUUGUUGAUUGAAUUCAGCUACGAACUCUCCAAACGAGCUGGUGUCAUCGGUACACCUGAACGCCCCCUUUCCGAUCUCGGAUUGCGGACAUAUCUCAACUACUGGGUUUCGACCAUAUUACGUCACCUCCAGAAACUCCUUUCCGUCGUGCCUCCAGACAUGACCGUCCGCUCCGGCCCACAAAUGCCGGACCUUUCAAAGCUCCGCGCCAAGUCGGAAGAUCUCAUGACUCAGAAACCGAAGAAGAAGAAGACGAAGGGGUGGGACGGCGAGAUCGACCUGAGCGAGCUAUACGCCAACCAGCCGCCGCCAGACGAUCCCAACACGUCCUUGACGUCCAGGCGCACCCUGGUCACGCGAGGCAAUCCGGACGGGUCCGCCACAACCCACGUCGUGGUCCACUGCACGCUCGAGGAUCUCUCGCGGGCGACGUACAUCCGCGUGGAGGACGCUGCGUUCGCGCUGAACGAGUGCGGGCUUCUGCUCCGGAAGAAGCACGUCGAGGGGAACACGAGGAAUGGAGAGGAGGCCGUAGACGGAGAGCCAGCGGAGCAAAUGAUCGUGGUGGUGUCUAGGGAGAUGAUCGACGAGGUAGCGCGACAGUGGGGGCUCAAGCGGAUGUGCAUGGAGACUCCGCAUAUACUGCUCUGAACGGACUUGUACUUAGGUGGUUGACAUUGCCCGUUGCUCUAGCGUGGAAAAUAUAUAAUCAUGCACUGC